GAAAGUGAGAGAAAAUCGAGAAAGAAAAGGGAGAGAUCAAUUAGUAAGAAUCCAUCAAUGGGGACGGGGAAGAAGAAGAUCGAGAUCAAGAGAGUGGAGAAGGAGCAGCAAAGAAUGGUGACGUUCUCGAAGAGGCGGCAGGGGCUGUUCAAGAAGGCCGGCCAGCUCCACUCCCUCGCCGCCGCCAGCGUCGCCGUCGUCGCCUUCUCGCCGGCCGGUCGCCCCUACACCCACGGCGACCCAUCCUUCGGCGCCGUCGUCGACCGGUACUUGGCGAAAACUACUGCUGGGCUAAAGGAUUCUGCAGCGGCCAUGAACAUGACGAAGAUGAGUUCGUGGUUGCAUGCUCCGCAGAUUGAUGGGUCUGAUGAUAUUCAAGAACUGGUUUUGAUGAAGAAACAGUUGGAAGAGAUCAAAGAAAAGGUGGCUGAGAAGAUUAUUAACGCUCAUGACAGUUCUUUCUGAAACUAUAUAUACAUAUAUAUAUAUGUAUGUAUGUAUGCAUGCAUGUAUGCAUGUAUGGUUUUGCCUGCGUGCAUGUGAUCAGUUUUGUCUGCAUUAAUAUUGUUGAAUAAAGGGCAUUGGGAUUUAGGGCUGCUUAACUUUUUGAAGUUAAUUCCUUUGCAGUGGUCAAGAGAUAUAUAUAUAUAUAUAUAUAUAUAUUAGAUUGGUUAAUGUCAAUGGCUUG